GUUUCAAAUGUCACUGUGAAGCUUUGGAAUUUUCAUCACAUUUACCUGUGAGACUAGAGCAGGGCUUAAAGGUGAAUGCAGCCUGCAUCUCAGUUUACAUUGUCUUAGGAGCUAGUAGAAAGCAGCCAAGAUGAUGAAAAAUACCUUAAUGCGAAUUAAACUACCUAUAAUUUGCUUCAUAUGGGAAAUUGCUAUGAUCAUUCUAUUUGGAGUUUUUGUACGGUACAAGAAGGAAGCUGAUCCUCACUGGGCAGCAUUUUUGAAGCAAGAAAAUCUAACAAGUGACAUAGAAAAUGACUUUUACUUCAGAUAUCCAAGUUUUCAAGAUGUCCAUGUGAUGAUCUUUGUGGGAUUUGGUUUCCUAAUGACAUUUCUGCAGCGAUAUGGCUUCGGUGGUGUUGGGUUUAACUUUUUGCUGGCUGCCUUUGGAGUACAAUGGGCUAUUUUGAUGCAAGGCUGGUUGCACUCUUUUGAAGAGGGGAAGAUACUCAUUGGUGUAACAAACCUUAUCAAUGCUGACUUCUGCGUGGGUUCAGUUUGCAUCGCCUUCGGGGGAGUUCUGGGCAAAGUGAGCCCUGCUCAAGUGAUGAUCAUGACCUUGUUUCAAGUCACGCUCUUUUCAGUUAAUGAAUAUGUCCUCCUAAACCAGCUCCAAGUGAUUGAUGCAGGUGGAUCCAUGACUAUUCAUACAUUUGGGGCAUAUUUUGGUUUGACUGUAUGUUUUAUACUUAAUCGCCCACACUUGAGUGAAAAAAACAACAAGGAGGGUUCGGUGUAUCAUUCUGAUCUCUUCUCUAUGAUCGGAACACUAUUUUUAUGGAUGUUUUGGCCUAGCUUUAAUUCAGCUGUUUCCUACCAUGGAGAUGGCCAACACAGAGCUGCAAUUAACACCUACUGUUCUUUGGCUUCCUCCGUCUUAACAACUGUAGCCAUCUCCAGUCUAGUAGAUAAAAAAGGCAAACUUUCUAUGGUUCACAUUCAAAAUGCAACCCUGGCCGGAGGUGUGGCGGUCGGAACAGCAGGUGAAAUGAUGCUAACCCCGUAUGGAUCUCUUAUAGUUGGAUUUAUUUGCGGCAUUGUAUCCACUUUGGGAUUUAAAUACCUUACUCCUAUUUUGGCAUCAAAGAUGCGUAUCCAAGACACAUGUGGAAUACAUAACCUUCACGGCAUUCCAGGGAUCAUCGGGGGAAUAGUUGGUGCAGUCACAGCCGCAGCGGCCACUGAAGCUGUUUAUACUCCGACAGGACUGACAAAAAUGUUUCCACUCGUACCUAAGUUCAGAACACCAAGUAUGCAAGGAGGGUAUCAGGCGGCUGGCAUCUGUGUGUCCCUUGCUUUUGCCUUUGUGGGAGGCACUAUUGUGGGAAUUAUCUUAAGAUUGCCAUUUUGGGGAGAUCCUUCUGAUGAAAAUUGCUUUGAAGAUGCUAUAUACUGGGAGGUUCCCAAUGAGAUUGAUGAAGAAGAAGGUGCCAUGAACCAGACACCUCAUUACCCAGAAACUCUCAAAGAAGUUUGAAACAACUGAAUAUUCCAUUCAAUCCGAAUAACUGGUUCUGGUUUGUUAAACAAUUUGCAAUAAUUAUUUCCACAAACUGGAUUUAUGCAGGGUUAUAUCCAUUUAAAAUGUUUGUGCAAAAGGAACAGAGUCGGUAUUUAGUGAAUGCCUAUGAAUAUGAAUUCAAAGAAGAUUUGUUCCUGUGUGAUUCCUGUAGUGAUACAUGUACUGAACACCCCGUGAUCUCCCAUAUACCAUCGUCCACACUUAGGAUCCAUCAUCUGAUCAACAUUCCGUUUAAUAUACAGCUUAAACCAAAGCAACACAGCUAAGAAAAUUUGACUUUUAUUUCUGUUCUAUAGAAAGGGUGUUGCAUUAUAACAAUCUGGACUCUGGCGCUAUAUUUUCUGCUGAAUUUUUAUUUCUACAAAUUUGUACAUGUCAACUACUCUAACAGAACUGUGUGUUACUGGUAGCCAAGCAGUGAACUCUUCAUAUUUGUUUUAAAGUACACCUGUCACAUCGAGAACAUUUUACAGCAAUGAAAGAAGAAUAAACUGAAUGCAAUGAUUUUUUAAAACCGGUUUAACUGUUUUAUAAAGUGGUUUGGUAUUGGUGAUUUUUUUUUUUUUUUUUACAUCAAGAAAUUGACCUUUUAGAAAUUGUCUGCUAUGUGUGUAAUGGGGAAAUGAUUUUGGAUAAUUAUUAAUAUUGUAAUAGUGUUAAUCUAGGGCUCAUAGUAUUAUAUAUUAAUGUUGAUCUAUAUCUCUUUCUCAGUAGCAAAAAAUACUAUAUUAUGUCGGCAUGAUUAUUAAAGCACUUUAAUGCGUGUCACAUCCCUUCUACAAAACAUGAAGCUUCAAGAUACUGGAAACGUGUAUAAUAUAAAAUUUAUAUAAAAUAACUAAAAUGUGAAACUAUUAAUCCAUGGCAUAUAAACAUAUCCAAUAAAACAAAGUGUCAAAUUUUA